GGAUGAAGGUAUCAUCUAAAAGCAAAGCACAAGCAGAUUGCAGACAAAAAGACGGGCAGGCGAGUGUGACAGCUCAGUGCCUCGCUGAAUGCGGUCAGUGUCUGUCGGUCGCUGUCUUGAACACCAAGACGGAAGAGGAGAGCCCGUGCGGACACAAAGUGUUUUUUCUCUCCUGGAGAGAAAGGACAUGACUGUCUAAUGUCACAUCAGCUACUAGAAGACGGCAGUGGGCAGCAAAUCCAGCUUUCGUUUGAGAUCACAGAGGCUGCCAACUGCUUGCUCCUUGCUUCCUUUAUGUGGCUGGCCGGGGGAAAUCACUGGUUGAGUACAGAGGAGUCUUUGAUCUUUCCACACUGGUCGUGCUUCUCAGGGUGCUUCCAAACACACAUGGGAAAUCAUGUAGGUUUGGGGUGAAGUUUGCUUUUGUCUGCAUCAAAAUAAGAAAGCAGUGGAAAAAGGAUACAUCUGUGUCUCUGAAGUGAGUGAAAUUGGAUGAAUUCCUCUGUUUCAGGAAAAGGCAGUGGCAAGGAUUGAUUUAAAGAUGUUUAAGAAUAAUGUUACUGAUCAUAAGCAAAAGGUGGAAGCCAUGAUUAAAGAUAUUAACACAAUCUCUUUGGAGUUGAAGAAGAUGAAAGAGCUCUCCCAGUUACUGCUUUGUGACCUUACUCUACAUUUUAAUAACCCUGUGAAGACAGAAGACUUAAAGGAAGCGGGAAGAAGCAACCCCCUGUUUGAAGAGUCUGAAGUAUCUGAUGUAUCCCUUACUUCUAACAAAUUUUCUGUCUGAUUUUUUUUCUUUGGGGAGGGGGUUUACUGUGUUUGUUUUUACUGUUGAAUUAACAAAUCCGUGGGGGAAUUGAGUUUACUAAUAUACUUAAUAUACUAAAACAAAAUAAAAAUAAUUG